GAGCGGCUUCCAUUUGAGAAUAAUUGAGAUUUGAUUCUCAAGUAAUUGAUUGGGCUGUGUUAACCUCAAUUGGAUAAUAUACCACAUUGCUCAACUUACUUCAUCUCUUCAAUUACCGUCAUACCCCGCAUAUACCCCUCGGUCCCCUCCAUCGCCCACGAUGUCUUCCAAGUCGCAAUUGACAUAUGCUGCUCGAGCCAGCAAGCACCCCAAUUCUUUGGCAAAGAGGCUCUUUGAGAUUGCCGAAGCAAAGAAGACGAACGUUACCGUCUCUGCUGAUGUGACGACUACCAGAGAACUCCUGGACCUCGCUGACCAUCUCGGUCCCUACAUCGCCGUCAUCAAGACACACAUCGAUAUCCUCACCGAUUUCAGCGUCGACACUAUCAAUGGCCUGAAUGUCCUGGCUCAGAAGCACAACUUUUUGAUCUUCGAGGAUCGCAAAUUCAUCGAUAUCGGCAACACCGUCCAGAAGCAAUAUCACGGCGGUGCUCUGAGAAUCUCCGAAUGGGCUCACAUUAUCAACUGCAGCGUUCUCCCCGGCGAGGGCAUCGUCGAGGCCCUGGCCCAGACCGCAUCCGCGCAAGACUUCCCCUAUGGUCCUGAGAGAGGACUCUUGAUCCUGGCAGAGAUGACCUCCAAGGGAUCGCUGGCUACGGGCGAAUAUACCAAGGCGUCAGUUGACUACGCCCGCAAAUACAAGAACUUCGUUAUGGGUUUUGUGUCGACGCGGGCCCUGACAGAGGUGCAGUCGGAUGUGUCUUCGGCCUUGGAGGACGAAGAUUUCGUGGUCUUCACGACGGGUGUGAACCUCUCCUCCAAGGGAGAUAAGCUUGGACAGCAAUACCAGACUCCUGCAUCGGCAAUUGGACGGGGCGCUGACUUUAUCAUCGCCGGUCGAGGCAUCUAUGCUGCUCCAGAUCCGGUUGAGGCCGCACGGCGGUACCAGAAGGAGGGUUGGGAAGCUUAUAUGGCCAGAGUUGGGGCAAGUCAUGAAUUCCCUCUGGGAGCAAAAGUAUAGUACCCAGUAUGACUCGUGUGGAGGAGGCUACAUACAAUGUGCCUGCCAUUAAACGAUGAGCUCCUUCGUAUUGGCCCUUGUAAUGCCAUCAUUUCCGCGCCCCCAAUGGUCAAGAUUU